UGUUUUCUCUCCGAUGGAAAUAAAUACGCCACCGUCGCCACCCACUUUCGGGAGGACGAAAAGGGCUCGCCGCAGCGCCGUCAUCGCCGCCGUAAUAUAAUCGUGGGAAGAAAUGAGUCAAACAAUAGUUUUUGUCGAUGUAAACACGACAGUUUUCCUCGGGUGCUGAAGGGGCGAUGGUGUUGUGUUGCUCGUCAUGAUAAAAACUUCGCUAGGGACCAUUAAUGCGCAAGCCUACCGUUAAAGAAUAUGUGAAUAGGUCCACCGUGCACCAUGAAUUUCGGACGACAGCUGAAGCGCGUCAAGCAACAGGCUGAUCAUCUGUUCUUGAGGAGUGACCGCACAGAUGUGGUCGGCGAGUUGCGGACAGCAGAGGAGCAGGCAGAUGAGUUACGGUUACUAUGUGAGGCCUAUACAAGAUCAUUGGAGAAGUGCCUUCAUACGCAUACUAUGCCAGAUGAGAAGAAAUUGAGGAAAGUGCCAGAGUAUCAAGUAGCUGAAGGACUGAGGGAGUCUCUCAACUGUUUACCAUCGGCUGAGAACCAUGAACACAAAGAUCUGCUGAGGAUUGUGGUUGAACGUGUAGUAGAGGUACAGCAGGCUAUGGGUCUGGAUGUAGUGGAGUUUGAGGACCAGGUGGAAAAGCAAGUUCUAGGGCCACUUCUUCAAUUAAUCAAGGAAGACUUCCCUUCCAUUUCUAAACAAAAGAAACAACUAAAGCAGUUUGGGCUGGACUUAGAUGCUGCAAAAACAAGAUGGCGCAAUUCUCAGGCCAAUCCCAGUCAGAAUACAAAGAUGGACUUGUAUCGAGAAGAAUUAGAGGAGGCAGAGACCAAGCUGGAUCAAGCACGAGAUUCUUAUGCCUGUGACAUCUUUGGUUUAUUGGCUCGGGAACGUGAAGUGUCACAGUAUAUGUGUGGAUACUUAGAACUUCAGCGAGAAUUUCUUCAAAAUACGCUUAAUAAAUUGGACCGUGUUUUACCUGAAAUGAAAUCACAGUUGCAUGCUUCAUCUAGUAGUCCAGUUUAUGGAGUGCCACUGCAUGAUCACCUCAAGAUAACACAAGAAGAAAUCGCUGUACCACUCCAGGUGUGUGUACGCAGGCUGAUUGAAGUUGGACUGUAUGAGGAAGGUCUUUUUAGGGUAGCUGGCAGUGCCUCCAAGGUACGCCGGUUGAAAGGUGCCUUUGAUGCAAACUUGGUGACUAAUGAAACCUUGGCCCAGGCAGAUGAACAUGAUCGUGACUAUGAUGUGCACGUUGUUGCUGGUGCCCUCAAGUGCUACCUCCGCGAGCUGCCAGAACCUUUGUUGACACAUGUCAAGCAUGACCAGUGGUUAGAAGCUGUGAGAAAUCCAGACCAUCAGCACCGUUUGAGAGCCCUCUGGGUCGUAGUAAAUCAGAUCCCUCCUGCUAAUCUGGCCAAUCUUAGAUAUCUUAUUAAGUUCCUAGCCAUUCUUGCUGCCAAUGCAAAUAGUAAUAAAAUGUCUCCUAGCAAUAUAGCUAUAGUUAUAGCACCAAACCUCAUUUGGGCACAAAGAGAUUCAGAGGAGCAACCGGAUCUGUCCACAUUAGGACGUAAUAUGAGCCUCACCAGUGAUUACCGUUCCAUUGUAGAGCAUUUGGUAGAGUAUAGUGACUAUUUCUUUAAAGAGAAUGUAGACUUUGGUGUGACACCCAGAGUUCCACCUUCUCCAUCUAGAACACAUGCUGCUCCAAAUGGUACACUUCCUACUCCAGCUAGGCAAGCUGCUCAGACCCACCGUCGAAAUGCAAGUUCAGACUUGUCAGGUCGUAUAGAUGUUGUAACUGGUGGAGCCCAAGGUGUAUCAGCUUCAGGUGAAUGUGAAAGUCCAAAGCAACCCCAAAGAACUAAAAAGAAGCAGGCUCCAAGACCCCCUCAGGUUCGGCCAGUAAGCACGCAUGGACCCUUAGUUAAUGAUGGGCAGUCACCACCAUCAGUAACUUCUACUACCACAAGUGCCUCAGCCUCACCAGAACAGGUACGCAGUAAUACUCCUCCCCGUGAGGCAGGUGCUCCAGCCCCAGCUGCGAGGUUACACCAUAGUAAUAGUAUUAGGAGACCCACAGCUGAACCUCCUAAGCCGCCCACUGCUCCUGCCAAGCCGCCCAGACCCAGUCCUCCUGCUGCUGAUGCACUGGAGAGAUCAGCACAUGCACAAUCAGAAGUGAAGACUGAAAGUAAAGGGGUAAUACUUGGUUUUGAGCAGUUACCCCAGAGAGAUAUAGAUGUAGUUGAUGAUGAAGAUGAAGUAGUGCUAAGAAAAGAUGUAGUAAGUGAAGGACCUGCUCCAAUAGGUUUUUUAGUCGAAGGUGAAAUUAAAAAAGAAGAAGGUGAUGCAUCCCCCAAAUCAGUACGAUCAUUCCGUCAAUCUCUUGAAAAUGUAAUACAGCAACAGGCUGCUGGUCAGCCUGUGGCCCUGCCCCGCCACACCCCUUCCACUGGUGAAGGAGAAAGUGCACCUGCACCAGGAGUCUUACCACUGCCACGUGUAAGUUCGGGAGGGGAUAAUCCAAGGCCGGUAUUGCCACCUACACCUGCUCAGCGCACAACUCUCCACACUGUGACUCCAGCGGUCAACCCACAGCGAAUAACUAAAGAAAGCAACCAAACAGAACAAUCAGAACCACCUAGGGCUGACAAGCCAGCUUUGCCAGAAAAACCAAGUUUGAUGAGUCGGUCAACUGUAAUAGUGGAGCAUUCCAAACCUCAAAUUCCUGAACGUCCUGUUGUGCUGCCACAGCGUCCCAAUAGCACUGGCUCUGGCCCCCACAUACAAGCUCCAGUAUUAGACCUAGUAUCAUCAUCAGCAGCACAGCAGGAAGCAUCAGGAACACUGGUGAUGGCAGUGGAGGAUGGGGACAACACCAGUCAUAACACUAAUGAUGACUGUGCUAGGGAUGAUGGUGGAGGAACACAUUCAGACAUUACAGGUGCAGGAGCAGUUCUUGAGAAAGCCCAUAUGUACUCCGUAGACAAGCAGCAGGUGUCCAUCGUCCAAGUAGGAGUUACCAGCCCUGCUCAAGUAAGAGGUGCAGGUAGUGGGUUUGGAGUUCAGAAGCCAGUGAAGCCCCCAAAGCCAGAUAAACGGCCACAGAUCCUGCCUCGACCACCUGCACUAUCUUCUGAUCACCUGGACACCUUUGUCUCUCAGAGUUCAUCAGUUGCAGGUGUGAAAAGCAACAAGUUCAGCUGGCCACCACCAUCAGAGUCUGCAGCCUCCACACCCAGUGAGGAAGAGGAAGCUGCUCCAGAUUCUACCAAUCUGUAGAAUGCUAUUGAAGGUCCAAAACGACAAUCUGGAAUUUAAAUGUUGAUCUUCCAUCAAGAUGCUACGAAUGCAGACAGUGGUCUUUCAUGUUACUGGUUGUGUUACACCUCAAAGAUUAUUCUCUAGCAUUAAAUGGACAUCAAACUUUGGCUAUUGAGUUCUCUUGGUGCUUGAGUUCGUCUGCUUUGAUAUAACUGAAUUCCUUCACCACAUUAUUUGGGUGUGAUAAUCUACUGUCUUGGCUCCUGCUGAGUUAUCUACUACUUGUAUCAAGAAGUAGGUGCUGGUGUCUGGCUCCUGCAACUAUAGAAAUGAUGACUGUCUGGAUGCCUGUGUCUGACUUGCUGUGACUUGGUAAAAUUGCUCGUUUAACAUCAUUUGUGGUGAUUCCUAGGUGUUGAUGUAGACAAAGAUCAAGGUACAGCAUAUUCUUUUGAUAAUGAUUAUGGAGUAGAGGAACUCUUCUUUGGGUAUUCUAUAUAGUUGCAUCUAAGCAUAUUACCGGCUAAGAAUAGUGUUAUUUUAUGAAGUAUUUUUCUUUUCCACUUUUUAUAUCCCUUGUAAUAACUUUACCUUGUGAUGUCAUAUGCUACCAACAAGUAACUAAACAAAUAUUUAGUAGUAGUAUGAUUUUUUUUUCAAAUUAGUAAAUGUAAACUAUUAUUAAUUAUACACCUAGCAAUGGGUCCAAUAGAGAAAAUAUAGUUACCAUAUUUCCAAAGUAGAAUUGCAUUUUCCAAGACUUCAGAACAAGUAAUUGAAUUGGCCAAAAUUCAGUCCAUGAUGAGCUUGUUCAUAGGAAAUAUAAGUAGGUGACUCCUGUUAUCUGCACAACUUAAAGAGCUUUAGUUUUGAAAAGAAGUUCUUGGUUCCAUCGCUGGAAAUUAUUACUGUGUGAUUUAUUAUAAUUACCAAUUAUCUUACAUUAUUUGUAGUUUGUAUACAGUUAGGUCAUGUCCAAGAUUAUAAAUAUAUAUAGAUAUAUAUGUGAUAUAUAUGUUAUAUAUAUUUAUGUAUUUCAUAUUCACAUAAUUGGUCAUGGAUAAAGACUUUUGUUGAUUAGUAAUAUUGUUAAUUAUUUUUUACACUUGUAUUGUAAAAUAUAUCAGAUAUAUUUAAAAUGUUUCCCAUGUAGAAGAUUUAUAUAUUUUUCUCUUCUCUGCAAUACAGGAAUUACCAACUGUAUGUAAGAUAGCAAAAUUAUUGCAUCUCUAGUCACAUGUGAGGUCUUUUAAUAUUAAGUGCCAAAGUCAGCACAAACAAAAAUCAAGCCUGGAGAAAGCACUGGGAGACAUUCCUGUUCUUUUAUGUACCAGACCUUUUCCACCUGGUUAAUUCCAGUUGUCAACCAAGUAGGCACUUGCUUAAUUCAGAAAUAGCAAAGCAAUAAAAGAGCUUAAUGAUACAAAAAAAAGAGUAAAGAUUUAGGUACAGCUAAGCAGUCUUUCAUUAGUGACAAUUCUUCUUUAGCAGUUGGUUAAAAUAGUCUGAGCCCAGUCUGGUGCUGUUAUGUAGUGUGCCUUGUGACCAGCUGGCAGAAAAAUACCUCCUGUGAGGUUUUUUGUGUAAAGUUUGGCCAGGUGUAGAGCAAAAAAGAAAAAAAGAAAAAAAAUUGUUUUCACAGCUUGUUAUAUUAGGCUUUUCUAUUUUAUUUACAAAGUGAUUGAAGCUUUAUUUCCCAAACAAAACCCAAGUUACUUACCCAAGGUGGUGGAGUAUCACCCAUUGUUCUGUGGGGUGAAUUGAUUAUGCCAGUCUUUUUAUUCUGAAAUAUUGUAUUUUGAUUUUAUUUUGUUUGAUUCAAUUACGUGAUUAUAAUUUUAAAAUCUUGCCCCUGAUGAUAAUUUGUCCAUAAUUGGGCAAGGAUUGUUUGGUCUUUAUUCUCUUGUAUGUGUUUCUCCUCUUCUCGUUUCUCUUUCCUCUUCAUCUUUGUGAACCAGACUCCAAAACUUCUCUUUUUACAUGAAUAACAACAGUUUGUUUUGAAUGCUUUAUUUGAAAUAUUUAUUGUAUCUAGUUUUGAAUUUGAAGCUUUUUCAUUUUUAUCUAUUUUUCUGUACUUUUUGUGUGUCCUUGAAAAAUGUGAAGGUGGUCCAGCAUAGUAUUAGGUCAGUAUUAUACUUCCAGGCUGAUACUAUUAUCUUCCUUGACCACCUGAACAAAGUUUGAGUUCCAAAAAAAUAUGCAUAAUGCCAUAUUCUAAUGACAUCCAUCAUAAUGUACAUAAUAAUAAAAUUUCCUAAUUA